AUGACCUUGAUGAGCCUGCUCUUCGGGCUCACCGAGGACUCGCACCUCGUCCGGGUUCUGGAGUCAGAAUGUGCCGCGACCACACCUGACCGGUUCUCAGCCGUGGGAACACAGCGUCGAUGAGCGUCCACCCUCCUCGUUUUGCUCUCCGACUCGAAUUUCGCCGGUAGGUUCAUGCCAACGUAUUGCGACCGGCCGGUGGGAGCGCAGUCACACUUAACGGAGUCCCUUGGCUCCUCGGCUGUCGUUAGUUUAAUUCCUUUGCUGCUAGGGACAAAACCGACAGCAGCACCUUGUUCCUGGCUCGGUGGCGGCAGAAAAACUGGCGAGUUCUGUGAUUUGGCAGUCUUCAGGGCGUUUUGAGUGGUUCUUGUGUUCAUGCCCGCCUGUCGUAAACGUCCUUGAAGAGACGAGGAGUUUCCCUAAAUGAUGUUCAUACCAACAGUCGACGGAGUGACCCUCGGGUUGGCGCCUCGAUGUCGGUAUUACGUCGUUGACCCCUCGGCAUCGAUCCGGUGCGUAUUAUUGGUUUUUCGGCUAAGACCUCAGUUCAUGCCUCCCAGUCGAAAACCCACAUUGGUCAGCAACUUGAAGAGUUUCAAUAUUAAUUUCCAUACUGCAAACGUUUUCACGCAUUCAUGCACACAUGGGAAAAUUUUUGGAGGCAGUUGUCAGUUACAAGUCUGUUACCGUGUUUUCCGAUAUGUCAAAUGCUCUUAAUACGUUAGUAAGAGCUGGAUUUCACUGAGUACUGUAACAGGGGAAAUUUGACACUUUUAUCCACACUUUUAAGAAUCGACAUCCUGUUUGUUUAUGAAGUGGUUCUCAACUAAAUGUCCCCGCGACUGACGAUUGAGUGGCUUGAAACCGCCCUAACUAUGUAGCAGUUAGACACACCAUUUGACAAGGUAGAAACAGAAAUUCCCAUGGGACAGUUGCACUUUUGAGGACCUGCUUUGAGUCCACUCGCUCGCAUGCUCUUAAAACAAACGAACAACCGUCAUAAGACUGAUGGUAGUUUUGCACCCUUUAUUAAAAGGCAACGGUCACGGGCCCUACCUCUCGAAGGUGUGGCCUCCGGAGCUUUGUUUAAAUGUUUCAGAUUGUAUCUCUAUGAUAGGAGUUGCUUGUUCAGACUUUCUGUUUAUUAGGCGGCAACGCGGACCCUACUGGACAGAGGCAAACUCUCACUACCCUAGACACUUUGACGAAAAUUUUUCUGAAUAGUCGCGUCAGGAAAGUUGAUUAAUCACCGAGCAAAAAGUACUCCUAGUCCGUAGGUGCCAAUUGUACGCAGUCCCCGUAACAAAAGUGCGACCAAAUUUUUUGAGUCCAAAGUGGAUCAACCCUCUAACUCGUAGAUACAAGACAAACUCUGCAAGAUCUAAUGUUGCAGUACAGUGCAAUUUAAUUAGGAGUAUUUGUAUGAACUUCAGUUGUUGACAGAGGAGGAAGAACCUUCCUCUACCCUCAGCUUCACUUCGUUGUUUCCUGCUGGUUGGAGACCUGUAUUAUGAAGGCCAAAGUCGCUUCUCAAACUCGAUAUUCAUACGCAUAGAAAAUAGCCAGUUUUGUAAUAGAUAAAUUAGCUGACCAACCUACGUAGGUUCUGAGGACUGAGUCGCUUGUUAUGCAAAGCUGCGGAGUUGCCUCUUAGUGAAAAAUAAGAAAGAUGAGAACAUAAGUGCACCAGCGCGACAGAGAUCGCGCAUUUGAUUGGAAUUUUGGGUAGUCUGACGCACGUAACAGGUUAGUGAACUUUCCCCAAUACCAGGCCUUGUACUCCGUUGGUCAUUUAAGGCGACUCGGCGUUGCAACUACAUCACUAUCCACGUCCAUCAGACAUUUCUGAAAAAAUACACAUCGAUACCUACUUUGGAAAAACUAAUCACUUUACGAUGGUUGUCGACGGCCACGUUGGACUUUGAUUUUUCCGCAUACUCUGAGUUGUGUUCCAUGGAGGACGGGCAGCCAAUGUAUGCGGAUAACACUGAGGUUCCACUUUCUUACUGCUUUUGCGCAAUCUGCAGCCAUUUAACACCUAUCAUUAUAUUUUGGCUGGAAGGAAAUGAAAUAUCGUACGACCGACAUACCCCUUACUUGUGUCUCGCAAAGGGAGGUUAGUUUAGUCUGAUCUAUGCAUCCAUCGAGGUUGCAAGAUAAAUCAAUUGGGCGUAGAAGUGGAACACUGCGAGAGGUAAACUAGACGUAGUCUGCACUUUUAAGAAUUAUAUCAUGACCAGCUGUUCAAAAGGGACUAAUUUUUGGCCUGAAAUUAUCGGACAAGCUGCCACCAAAGUCCUCGGAACAGAACUUGUUGAUCUCGGUUCUAAUCCGUAUCCAGUUGGAUGCUGCCACGUUUAGGGCUUCUAGCUCGUAUCUGUGUCAGGCUUGGUUGGGGCAAUCUUCUCUGGAUAGCUGCAGAAUGCUAUUCCCUCGACGUUGGUGGCAGUAAAACCAAAUUAUCACAUGAAAAUUGGAGACAGACGUAAGAAGCCCUGCACUGACCACUUGGCUUUCAGUUAACUAAGUAACCUACGGUGAAGUUGAUGUUUUUAUAUUCCAUGCUGUCGUCUGCUUGCAUUAAUCUCGCCACUGGAGACCGAGAUAGCGUCAGUCUAAUGAAGUUAAUCUCACUCACGACCAAUCGCAAAUAUUCGAUUUGUAAAUUUCGGCACCCCGAGGAAACCGAAGGAAGGGACAUUUUAAAUGGCACCACAGCAUGCUAACGGGAUCAAUUCUGCGUGCCUAUUUUGCUUCACAGUAAUUGCAUGCCUUGUGGGCCAGGUUCGGAAAGUUCCCAGAAUUCGAGACGUAAACAACCCUCCAUGAGGGUUUCUCUCCUGUCAGGCGUCUGGACCGUACAUAGUCGCCGCACUGUUGUCUGAAUGCAGCAGAGAACUUGGCAAAGGAAACAUCGGUCCAAAUUCUGGAGUGAGCUAAUGCAGAUUUUGCAGGCAGGCUAUAGGGUGAUUUUCCAACGGACAGAACCAUGCCGUCUGUCUGGCGUUAAAGAAUACACACGCCAAAGUGCAUUAGAGCUGGGUGUGUAACUACUUAACACAGGAAUAAGAUCGAAGAAGCGUCUAGUAUUACUCUAGUGACAAUGGCAUACUGGUCAUUUCUUGAGGAAUUUUCCGGUGAUCUCGUACAAUCAUACUCUGAAAACAGCAAAUCCCGAGUGAGUUAAUACUCUAGCUCUUAUGUAGAUCGGUAUAAAUGGUAAAAUGGUUUUUAUUGACGGUCCAGAACCCACCGCAGAUGAAUGUAGAAUCGAAACAGCAUGCUGCUACAGUUUAUUUCAGUAGGUUGCGGUAUAUAAAAGUACCGCCGUUAAAAUUCACUAAGGUUGAGUGAAUAAUGUUUAAAAGAGGGAAAUGAAACUUCAAAAAUUGGUAAGGGUAUUAUGGUAGCGGCAGGGUGUAGGAUCCCUCGUAGCUGAAAACUCCAACAUGCACACAAAUAAUCCGUGUGACUGCAACUACCACUUAUUAUUCACCGUUCCUAUUGGUCGAAAAUUCCUGGGCCUCAUGACCGCAUGUAAACUUACCGGCGGCGAUUUAUUCGAAAUCCAUUGCUUUUGGAAAUUGUCUUUUGUCCAUUUUUAAAUUUUAGCGUUUACUUUCUUUACCAUAUGACAGCAUAAAAUAAGACUUUCGACAGAAAUUUGUUUAUUAUUUUUCCAUUUCUUGCGUUCCGCCUGCUCUUCGUCCUGCGUGUUGUCCCACGCGUAAAACCGCCUCUAUCACCAUUUUAUGUGCGGCACGGUCCACAGGCUGCGUCAAGGUAUUUGGUGCCCCACACUCUACCGUUGCUGUGUAUUAUUUAAAAGGAAAAACACAAGUGGGACGGGAGGGAUGUUGUUGUUCCUAGUUUCAAGAUUGCUAGGCGCUUUAAUAUCAGCGAAUAUCAGCCCCGUUUUCCUUGUACUCCAGUUUAACAAUCCAGGGGGAGAUUACCAAGAAAGGCAAGGCAGACUGCGAUGGCCAUUUCUAACUUAUUAGCCGUCGCAAGUCAGCCCUACUGAAGCCAGGGUUAUGCCGCACCUAAGCCUCGAACUCAUGUUUGUGGACCAUCCACCUGCAUGCGACUGCGUUGCGCAACUAUCUACGAGGGCUCUACAUUAAGCCUUAGAAGAUACAUGCGUAUUUGGGCCCAAAAAGGUUCCUUGGAGCUUUCGCUGUUCUACUAACCAGGAAAGACGUUGUCCGCGGUCUAAGAAACCUAGACCGCUAGGGGAGUGACAAAUGGCCGAGGUGGUCGUGUAUAGCUUAGCUGCCAUCGCCUCCACACCAGGUCAAAGGUGCACAUGGUCCAAAUCCGGGUCUAUUGACUAUUGACUGUUAGGUUAAGCGCCCUACAACUGGGCAUCCUUCGGGUUACGUCUUUUCGGCUGCGAUUGGGAAUGUUCAAAGUCACAUGCAGACCGAGUUCGCCUACCUCUCCCAUCGCAAGACGGAUUUCUAAGGCAAACCGACAUUGUCUGUAUUCCAUUCUGCAAACAGAAGAGAUCAAUGAAAACCACCAUCACCACCCCCACCACCACCACCAUCUUCUUGCAGAUGGAGUACCGAACAAGACGAGGGAGAUUGGAAUGGCCAUCUGUGACUAAUGGUCGUUGUCAUUCAGCCAUGCCCGCACGCCGGGUUUGCAGGACCUGAGUCUCAAACCCGCGUUUAUUGAUCACCAAGGGUUAUUAGAACUAAUUUGAGCGAUCGGGGAUAUCAACUGCAACAGAGUGGCGCUCAACGACUAAGUUACUGGAAGCACUCGUACUCUUGUGUCCUGGGGGUUCCAUCUUAAGUCAGUAGGCAGUCGUCUAGCAGGAGGAGUACUGUUGAAGAUAAAGUAAGCUGUCGCGGCUAUUUCUGGCUCAUUAUCUUUAUGUAAUUCUAAACAGAUGGAAAAGUUUUAACUGGGAAAUAUGGGCACAGUAUAACAUUAAGACACAGGGAAGAUCUACAAAAUGCGAAUUCGGAGCAAUGUUUUCGUCUACCUUUUCUCUGUAAAAGGUGUUUUAUACCAAGCAUAUGAUCAAUUAUUCACAGCAGAAUUAUGGCACGUCAGUGAGGGCGACGGUGGAAAAACGGCAUGCCUUCGCAAAAAAAGGUGUUAUGAGAGCAUCCAUGCCCAUCAGUACACAGAUCAGCCUCCGUGUCCUUGUGUUAGUGAUUUCAAUUUCACAGACUGUCGUCCCUUUCCCGAGUUUCAGUCAAUGUGCCAAACAUGAUCUUCUUCCGUAACCUCUAGAAAUUUAAGCGCUUACGAACUACUCACUCGCUGUUCGCUGGUGACCUGUCUCUUUGUUCUUCUGAGUUCCAAGACAUCUGGCUCUUGCGGAAGAUUCAAUACAAAAAACUAGCUUAACUCAUCUGAUAGCCCAUUCUAUUUUUUCUUCGAAACCAAUGGGCGCUGGCAGUGAGCGCAGCUCUUGAAGUCAUCCUUAUCAAGGUUGCUCCUUAAUCGUGACUGCAUAUUAUAGAACAUGUCUGUCCAACUUCGACCCCUGAGUGCACUGACAGCGGGAACAGCGAAAAGAUUAUUACGACAAAAGGAAAAACAGCUUAUUUGCACAAGGGCUUAUUUGGAAAAUCCUAGCAUCACUCGUAAACUCUUGCUUAGUCUCAGUUAAGUCUUUGCGACUAAUUGGCUCUAAAGCACAACCGCAUCUCAGAAGGCGAAGAUGCGAUCACUGAAACAAGAAAUUUAUUGGCCUGACGUUUCGGAUUCUCACUCGAAUCCAUCAUCGGAGACAUUCGCAGAUAAAGGUGACGAUGGCACAAGGAGUGCAGUAUUUAUAGUACGUGGCUGCCGUGGGACCGUAUGAGCACUGUAAUUAACAGCCCUCACAAUCACCGCUGGGGUCGUAAUUGAUGCGGUGGUGGCUUGUCAGCCCGAGUCCGAGGCGUUAAUGGCCGUGAUUUUGUCAUCCGUGCUGAAUGGUGGUGUGACGAUGGCUCGGCAAAUUGGCUCACUGUCACUGGCAUAAUUGCUCACCCGCGCCCUCCCCACGUGACUGGUUCCCUUGCCCAGGGAAAAUCUCAGCACGGAAUAUGGUACCGGGAGGGCAUUGUGCUUUCUGAUGGAUUGAGGGCCGUCAUCACCUUUAUCUGCGAAUGGUUCGAUGAUGGAUUCGAGCGAGAGUCCGAAACGUCAGGCCAAUAAAGUUCUUGUUCCAGUGAUCGCAUCUUCGUCUUCUGAACUGCUACCUGGAACUCGCCUGUUCGCUUCUAUCAACAACCACAUCUUUUAUCUAAUUUCAAAUCUCAUUUAGUGACAUGACUGAGAAAUAAGUCCGCUUGACACGGGAAUACGGACACCCUCGUAAAAUUCCGGUGGUUUGGAUUAGCAUCGGAGCCAGAUGGAUAAGAGUUCUGCGCGGGAGUGUCAGGGUUAUGCGCAAUACGCGAGGCCGCCUGUAUCGCGGGGGUCCAUAUUCCAGUGUCCGACCAGUAUGUCCUCCCGAUUGUUGCUUCAGCAUUUUGUGACCAGAUCACCCAAAAAACAUGCAUAACAGACGCAUAAGAAUAAGACCUGCACAAAAACCUUAUAACUACCUGCUUUCAUCUCUGUGUUAAGUAUAUAUCGAAAUUCCGACCUAAACACGCCAACGGACAAGGGAGCAACCAGAGAGUUGGAGUUUAGUCGGUUUCGGGGAAGAAAUUUCCUCCCUAGUCGCUGGCCCCGGCGACUGAGGUAAAUCGUUCAGUAAAACAGUGGAAGGGUCGCCUCCUGGCACAAGAACAUCCCAUUCACUUAUGCGCGAUAGCCGCUGUUGGAGUGACCUGCGACAAGCGAAGAACGCAAAUUUCAGUCGCAAUCACCGGCGACUCUUUGUUUACACCAAUCAGUCAGAAAACUCCGGAGUGCGACCUCACGAACGGUAAAAACUGUUUACACACAUCUGGGGUUAACUGAAGAUGUCCCUCACGGCGCAGUGACGAAACGGUGAUCAACAAUGACGUGAAAACCACAUCCUUGUCUCGCCACUGCAAUUUAAAAUCGAGGUGCCUUUAGGCAGUAAUUAGAAAACUUGCGUUGCCUGCCAUCCUAAAGCCCUCAUCGGUUCCAUUAAUUUCGUAACAGAUGAACACUCGACAACAUCUCACUUCUCACCGGUCCGGAUGCUGUUAAGCGAUUCGCUGGGGAUCUCCUUUAAACAGUCCAGGAGAGCUGGAGGGGGUGGAUUCCCGAGCGAGAAGGGCAGUAGAAUGGUUGUAGUCAGGAUAAACCCGUUGUCGUCUAUUUUAUUUCCGUCGUGGGCAUCAAUUCAGUAGCGGCGAGCUUACCGUGUACUGCGUGUAACGUCCUACUUACCGUUUAGGAAUGCUUGAAUGAUUUGACCUAGGAUAAUGAUGGUGUAACUGUGUGUCGUUGAAUAAGGCCGGUACCCUUCCCUCUCGCUACCACCGAUCCACUUCCCCCAACUCGCCGUAACGUCCGCUUCUCUCGAUCUCUGCAUCGACACCUCCCUCGGCCCUCCCCUGCGGUGGCCCACAGCGCUGCGCUCCCCACCGGUUGUUUAGUAGGCAUGUCAGCGUCGCCUCACCAUCCAGGCAGGUUACUUUAUUGUUGUAACUCAUCCCGUUUGCACAAUUAACCGCCCUUAUAUGUAUCCCCAGUUUCAAUUCCUUCUCUGCCUAGUUGAGCUUUCUUCCUGCCUUUCGUAUAGAGGAGUAUUUUGACAUGUUAAAGACCCUAUUCAGAUCGAUCUUAGCUAGGAUCUAUUCCCAGUGUCUCGCUACCUCGGUGUGUGUACUAUCCUUGUCGUCCUCGGCCGCUAAAUUCGCACAAUCGGCCGCCAUGUCGACCAAUCGUAGCGCGAGCACUGCCGGUGCCUGCCUGCUUGUCUGUUGACAGUCGCGCAUGACUGACUUUCGAUCGCUGACCCUCUGGCAUGCCUACGUGACCACAGUGGCUACCUUGACUCACACAACCGCACACUGUCGUUGCCACGACGCUCGUACGCCAGGCUACCACGCCACAGUCGUACGAGAGACGGUAAAAGUGUUCCGCUGGGUCCCUGCGUUUCUGUCCCACCCACGAAAAGGAUACAUAAAACUAUGGACACUGUUUCCUACGGAACUUCUCACUGUCUCUCUUUCAAAAAGAAGAGUUUGUGAGGUGAAUGGAGGAGCAGGUAGGUAGUAACGGUCCCCAGGACGACCUGACCACAGCAUCACCUCUGUUUUCGCGGGUUAGGUCCAUCUGGUCCGGGAUCCGAGGCGGAUUCCGACGAUGUGGGCGACACAAUGGAGCCUGUAGGGGAUGGGGGGAGUGGUAUCCAUCGCAAAAAACGCACAGAACCCCCGCGGGGGAGGGCUGAGCUGUGGCUUUGUAAUAGUGGUGCGCCUGCCUAAACUUAGUCCUAUAUAGGACGGAUCAAAUAUGUGUGGUACAAAAAGUACGUAUAGUGCCACCGAUCAGAAAAAAGAACUCGGCCGAUCUGUGUGUCCACCCGAGCUGCAGUGAAUCCCACCCAGGAGUUAAAGUAUCACAAGCUAACGAUGGCCUGUAAUUAUCCGGUCUCCGGCUUCUGUUGUAUCGCUGCGCCUUCGCAGGUUUACAUCUGCACACCGACGACAAUUAGUUCUUGUGACACUGCGAAGCUCACUGUGACGCUGUACUCCAACCACCAGACUAACCCAUUAUUCUGUACCCAAUGCAGUACGCUCUCCCUCUCUCUACUGGAGUCUGUUUUCUUCUCCUACUUGACCUAAGCACUGUAGUAAUUGGGGUUUGCUCAUGAACUUAACUGCUGCAACAGGCCAGUAAGGCAGAAAUGGUGACCCCAGUGCUCCAGCAUUUGUCAGUAAAAAUUCCACAUAAUCGAGUGCAAAUCCGAUCCUUUAGAAAUUCCAUGCGAUGAUGACGAGGAUGAUGACGAUGAUGAUGAUGAUGAUGAUGUUGAUGAUGAUGAUGAUGAUGAUGAUGAUGAUGAUGAUGAUGAUGAUGAUGAUGAUGAUGAUGAUGAUGAUGAUGAUGAUGAUGAUGAUGAUGAUGAUGAUGAUGAUGAUGAUGAUGAUGAUGAUGAUGAUGAUGAUGAUGAUGAUGAUGAUGAUGAUGAUGAUGAUGAUGAUGAUGAUGAUGAUGAUGAUGAUGAUGAUGUUAAUUCAUGCGUAUGGAAAGCCAGAAAGUAA